UGUCACAAGAUGGUGUUUUCCUCCCUCCCAUGCCUGUACCAUCGGUUGUACGUCUACUCCUGAAACUCGAAUGGGGAUCGUCUUGUCAGAUGAUACACCGCCUUUGACAGGGUUAUGGGUACUGUCGCGUCUCCGAAAUACCGAUUAAUGACUUGAUUACUGAAGCCUUCUCGACAAUGGACAUACUCAGCGCUCUGAGUGAGAAUAUAAAAGCUGACCAAACAUCCCAGGUGUUUCUCAUCGGCCAACUGCCAUCUCCUGUCCACAUACACACUCCUGCACACAACCAGACCUCGAUGUACAUCCCACCCCAAGGCAUCUACUUCAGACUGGUCGGCCAUGCCAGCCAGCAUGUUCUGUUUUCGCGUAACAGCCCAGAGCCUGAAGUCUGGCACUACAAAGGGCCGGAAUACGAAGACCAGCUUUUUACGCUUAUCCACGGUACGGGCUCGCGUGCGGGACUCUACGCUAUCAAGAGCAAAAAGACCGGGAAAGUCCUCUUUUCGCGCACCUCCCAGGAGCCUUUUGUUGGACACAUCAGCGGAAACGGCGCUUACAAUGACAACUGGUUCAACCUCGAAGAGGGAAGCGGCACAUACGCGAAGUUGUUCCGCCUCCUGUGCCCUGCGACAGGAGUCGUUAUCUUCUCGCGCACGACGUUAGACCCUCAGGUCGGGAACUACACCAAGGCUAACAUCUAUUCCGACCAGUACUUCAGUUUCGCUUUUGAGGACAUGGUUGUUAAGAGCGUCGAAUAUGAUGUCGCGCUUGGCAAGAUCCUCAACGUGACUCCGCACGUUCUGGCGAACCAGACGCUUAGGAACAACUCCGACCACGAGCAGGAGAUGGCGUUUGACUUUUCAGAGAACGUCACUCACACUUCGACGUUUGAGUACACCACCGGGUUCACGAUUACGGUUGGGACUGAGUUCUCAGCUGGAAUCCCUUUUGUCUCCGAGGGAAAGAUCAGUAUCGAAGCGACCCAGAGCAACGAAUGGAAAUUCGGCACACAGAACACACUCUCGAAGACCUACACAGCGCAUUUCCCUGUGAAGGCGGGGCCCCACCAGACUGUUCACGCAGUGUCGACUGUUCAGCAGGGCACGCUCGAGGUGCCGUACACCAUCCACCUCGUCUCGAAGAGUGCGGGGGUUGAAGUGGUUACGAAAGGCUUAUGGCAUGGUGUUUCGUCGUGGGAAUUGCAUCAUGACAUUAAUGUAGUUUGAAUAAGUGUAGCUGUAGUAAGCAUGGACCGCGCUGCAGCUCGAGAAUGUUCAAUCGAUGUGUUACUAAGUUCGCUCGUAUAUGAUCCAUGUUCGAAAUAGUUGAAUUAUGUCAGAAUGAUAACGCGUCAA